UCUUCCAUAUUUCAAAAAAUUAUUAAACAUGAUACAUUGAUGAUGAUGAAAUGUAACACAAAACUUUAAAAUUGACAAGGAAUAUAAAAUUAAAUUAUAAUUUUAUAAAUAAGAAAAGAGUACAGUUGGUGCAGCUGUCUCCACUACCAAAAAUUGAAAAAAAUGAAGAUAGUCGUGCUCACUCCUCCUCAUCCUCAAAGUUUGACACAUUCAGAAGUCAAACUCACCACCUUAUCUCUAUUCAUCUUUUUUUUCAAUCUUCAUGUCUUUUCAUCAUGCAUUCUUGACCCUCUUUUGCUCCUUUUUUUCUCCUUUCUUCUAAUACAUCAUUUCAUUUGUAUUAUUCAUCAUACUAGCUAGGUUUACGUACGUACGUAAUCUUUUGUUUCGUUCAUUAUCUACUGUUUUUUGCUUUGUUGAAUUAAAUCGUCCGUUGUUGUUGUUGUUGUCGUUGUUGCUGUCUUCGUGGUUGUCGAUCCAUCAUCAUGUCAAUAUUCCGGCGAUCAUUCUCUAGGAGGCUUCCUGAUCGUCUUCUUGAAAUAUCUGAACGUAUAUAUGUGUUCGAAAGCUGCUUCUCAACUUCAGUUAAGAGUGAAAAAGAAUGCAAGUCAUACCUAGGUGGUAUUGUGAAAAGUUUGCAUAACUGCCAUCCUGGUGCAUCUGUCAUGGUGUUUAACUUCCGCGAAGGAGAGCAAAUGAGCUUACUGUCAGACAUACUGAUUGAUUACGACAUGACAGUGGUGGAUUACCCUUGCCACUAUGAGGGCUAUCCUCUACUUCCGUUGGAGAUGAUUCACUACUUCUUACGAUCUAGUGAGAGCUGGUUAUCUUUAGAGGGUCAGAAGAACGUGAUCCUGAUGCACUGUGAGAGCGGUGGUUGGCCUGUGCUUGCGUUCAUGCUAGCAGGUCUCUUGCUUUACAGGAAGCAAUACAGUGGAGAGCAGAAGACUCUUGAAAUGGUAUAUAAGCAAGCUCCUAAGGAACUCUCUUCUGUCAUAUCCCCAAUAAAUCCUCGAGCUUCUCAGUUAAGAUACCUUCAGUACAUUACAGGAAGAGAUUCAGCUUCAGAAUGGCCUCCGUCAGAUGCACCAGUAAUAAUAGACUAUCUCCUUCUGAGGAAUCUUCCUUUAUGUAAUGGCGGGAAAGGUUGCAGGCCUGUGGUUCGAGUGUAUGGCCAGGACCCUUUGGCAAAGACUAAUAGUGCUCGGCUUGUAUUUUCAUCAUUCAUGGCAGAUGAACCUGCUUUAAAUUAUUCAAAGGAAGAAUGUGAGUUCGUGAAAUUAGAACUUCGUUGUCAGAUCCAGGGUGAUGUUUUCCUCGAGUGUAUCCAUUUGCAUGAUGAUCAAGUUUCAGAAGAAAUGAUAUUCAAAAUCAUGCUCCACACAGGAUUUGUCCGAUCAAACAUAUUGGAACUCAACUGUGAUGAUAUGGAUGUUCCCUGGAACACAAAGGUCGCUAGGAAUUUCAAAGCAGAGGUUCUCUUUCGAAACAUGAAUGAAGUACCAGUAAAUAUUACCUUGGAAUUAGGAGCUGGCGAAGAAUACAAUGAUUCUGACAAUGAAUUUUUUGAGGUUGAAGAGAUUUUUACACCUAUGCCAGAGAGCGAAGACAGGAAGGUUAUUGACAGUGCAAUAGUUCCAGAGACAAAUUUGGUGGAUAAUAUUCACAGAGACUGCACAUUGCACAAUGGCACUCCUAGAUGGGAUUUGGAUGCUGAAGAAAUAGAUAUUAUUUCUUCAGAACAGAAAGUCCUCAAUGAUGUUUCUUUAGAACAGAAAGUCCUCGAUAUUGUUUCUUCAGAACAGAAAGUUCUCGAUGAUGUUUCUUCAGAACAGAAAGUUCUCCAUGAUAUUCCUUCAGAACAGAAAGCUCUUGAUGAUAUUUCUUCAGAACAGAAAGCUCUCGAUGAUAUUUCUUCUUCUUCAGAACAGAAAACACUCGAUGAUAUUUCUUCAGAACAGAAAACACUCGAUGAUUUUUCUUCAGAAAAGAAAACACUCGAUGAUAUUCCUUCAGAACACAGAGCUCUUGCUGAUAUUUCUUCAGAACAGAAAGCUCUCAAUAUUUCUUCAGAACAGAAAACACUUGAUGAUAUUCCCUCGGAACACAAAGCUCUCGGUGAUAUUUCUUCAGCACAGAAAACACUUUAUGAUAUUCCCUCGGAACAGAAAGCUCUCUGUGAUAUUUCUUCAGAACAGAAAACACUCGAUGAUAUUCCCUCGGAACAGAAAGAUCUUGAUGAUAUUUCUUCAGAACAGAAAGCUCUCGAUGCAGGGAAUCACAAACAAGCUUCAGAAGCAGAAUCUGAUAUAACGAGUACUUCAUCAAAAAAUAUUGUAGUGGUUGAUUUAUGUGGAAGCAAAAUACAAGAUGUGAAAGUGGAGAUUGAACCAAAACCUGUCAUUACAAGUCCUGGUAGACCAAAACAGAACAAGAAAAACAAAUGGCAAGAAAUCACAGCAAAGACAAUCAAGCAACAUAGGGUAAUUUCACAGUGGGUGCCACGUGCAAAAACACCACAAGCGCCUGAGGUAAACAAAUCGAAAGCACCAGUAUAUAAGUGGAUUCCCAAAGGACCAGCUACGCCUACAGAGGCUGCAGGUGGUGAAUAAAGCAAUAGGUUUUGCUGUUGCUGGUCAUUUCUGAGAAUUUUAUUGUCCAUUCCAGCUAAGCUGAUGGAAGCAAGUUCACAAUUACAGUGAGCUAAAAGCCUAAAAUGAGAUAAUGUAUGAAUUAUGGGUACUUUGAAUGGUACCUAAUACUGUAUGCAUAUUAUAAGGUUGUAUUGUUAUUACUGUAGAUAUAAUAACAGGUAUUUCUGGGUCU